GUCAACUGUCAAUAGUGUCAAUCGUUGUCAAAUCAAAAUGUUGAACAGCUGAAGUCAGAAAUACGGAAAAGUUAUUUUUAUUCUGAAAAUCUGACUGUUUUUCAGUGUAAUUAUUUAAUACAAUACCAAAAUGUGUAGUCUUUCUUCUCGUCUAUUAAAGUUUCCAGCGGAGUUUGCUGCAAUACGCAAAGUUGCUUGCAUACCAACAUCAAGAGUUCUGGCAGUAACAGCAAAUCAUACAUUUGAUUUACAGAGGAAAUAUUAUUACACCGAUAGGAAUUAUGAGCAGCACGGGAGUAAAUAUUCGUACAAACACUUUUGCUUAUCUGUAUUAUUCGGUGCAGCAGCCUAUGUCUCGUACAAGUACUGGACACAAAACCAUUUAUUACCAUCAAUAAAUGCUGCAGAGGAAAUAUCUGAGAGUGAUUCUGACAGUGAAGUUGACACUAAGAAGAAAAGAUAUAGGAAAGAAAAAAUCGGUUUUCGUGACAGAAAGAUUAUUGAGUAUGAGAACCGUAUGCGCCAGUACUCAACUCCAGACAAAGUGUUCCGAUACUUUGCCACGCUACAAGCUCAGCAUCAUGACCAGCAUGAGAUAUUCAUGACACCGGAUGACUUCCUGCGCUCCAUGACACCUGGUGUCAAGCAACCAGAUGGUUUGGGACUGGACCAAUAUAGAAGAUAUGACCCCAAAAGCAUCAGUCAACGUCUCAACCUCGACUUGGACGAAGAUUCGAUUUUCUAUAAACUCGGCUCUUCCGGACUCAUUACCUUCAGUGACUACAUAUUUCUUCUGACUGUAUUGUCGACAUCCCGCCGCCAUUUUGAAAUAGCAUUCCGUAUGUUUGAUUUGAACGGAGACGGUGACGUGGACUGUGAAGAGUUUGAGAAAGUCGCGGCUCUCAUUCGACAGCAGAGCAGCAUUGGAUCAAGGCAUCGAGAUCAUGCGAACACUGGCAACACUUUCAAGGGCAUAAACUCUGCUUUGACGACAUACUUCUUCGGGCCUCAUCUCAACCAAAAGCUCACUAUCGAAAAGUUCUUAGACUUCCAACAUCAACUACAAAGGGAAAUAUUGUCCCUCGAGUUCCAAAGAAAACAACCUGAUGAAAAUGGUCGUAUAACUGAGGCAGACUUUGCGGAACUUCUGUUGGCUUACGCUGGCUACCCGGCUAAGAAGAAGGCGCGUAUGUUGAAACGUGUCAAAAAGACUUUCCGAGACCAUGGCGUCGGUAUAACUAAGGACGAUUAUCUGAAGUUCUUCCACUUCUUGAACAACAUCAAUGAUGUAGACACAGCGCUCACGUUCUAUCACAUAGCGGGCGCGUCCAUAGACCAGCCAACUCUACGUCACGUCGCAAGGACUGUCGCACAUGUGGACCUGGACCCUCAUGUCAUCAACGUCGUCUUCACUAUAUUUGACGAAAACAUGGACGGUCAGCUCAGCAACAGGGAAUUCGUCGCAGUCAUGAAGAACAGAUUACUUCGUGGUUUAGAGAAGCCGAAAGACACAGGUUUCGUGAAAUUAAUGUAUUCCCUUAUCAAAUGUGCGAGAGACACCAAACCGGCGAUACUUGAUUUUUAAAGGUAUUCUUAUACAAUCCUUCUGCUAAAAUACUUUGUUCACGAGGGGAUCGACGGCUAAGAAGAAGUAUGAUUGUGCCUAAAGUAUGUCGUGAAAUGGACUUGAGUAAUAGGAUUUUACUUUUUAAUUGCCGUUUUUGCUUUUAAGUAGCAGUCGAAAACGGCAGUUUAUUGAUAAAAACUCGACGGUUUCGUGUGUGGCGAAACUUUCGUGUGUUAUACCAAAGUACGCUUGUUUCUAAAUUUAAUUAUGUAUUAAAAAACUUAGGGUCAGAUUACACUAAAGUCGCUUGCGCAGUUGUUUUUUGGUUUUAGCGCAAGGCAGAAGUGCGCAAAAAUCCGUAAC